UUCACUGCCGGCAGUGAACGUGAAUUCCUUGGAGGGGAAAUGUGUUAUGUGAGGGAUACCUGAAUUACAGGUGAGAAAUGCCCAGAAUAAAGCGCAGUCCUUUGUUGUGACAUGUUUCAUGUUUGCGUAAUGUCAGCGUAGUGAUGUAGGUGGAAGUUCCUGACAGAUCUGUUACUUCAGUGCCAAAAGUUCACUUCCUGUUGCUGCUGGAUUUAUCCGCCGGAACAAGUGUUGGAUAUUUAUUGAAUGAUAUAGUACGCACACUAACCAGUAAUAUUAAUGCGUUUUAGAUCACAGCUCAGAAAUCAAAUACUGGUCAUUUGAAAGUACUGUAUGUGAAAUACCUCGUUGACGUACAAAUACUUUACAGAUCUAUUUACAAGUACAUUCCUGAAUCCAAAUACUUUGUUUGAAAAUCAUUUGUGCCGAAUGAAUUGCAUGAAUGUAUUAAAAAUGCCCAAAUCAUGUAUUUACCGGGGCCGUGCUCCACAGACCUCUGUGCCUUGUGUGCAAAGUUUUAAAUGGAGUGAAAAAACACAAAGACGGCCAAUUUCCCCUAAUAUCUCACCGCUGAUUGGGUCAGUAAUUCAGUCUGCAGUCAUGUUUUACCCAGGCCUUCCUCUGUGAGGUGUGGUAUCAGACAUGUCUUUAUUGUCAUGGAGAGAGAGAGAGCAAAGCAGAAUGGAGCCAGCGCAAAGAUUAAUGGGAGUUGGACUGUAUCUUUAGAAGCUGUAACAGACUAUAUAAAUAGUGGUUUUAUAUCGCUCUGUGAGAUACACUUUAUGUAUGAGUGAACAAAUUUGCAUUCACUGCUCACUUGUUUGUAGAAAAAAUCAUUAAAUUUGUUAAAAAAACAAAACAAAUUACACCUUGUAUUUCAACAUGUUCAUGUUAGUACUCGUGAGUAAAUAAGGCAGUUGCUAGAUGUCGAUUUCCCUUUUUAUUUAAUAAAGCCACGUUUGUAUACAUUACCAAAAAAAGAAAACCACAUUACUGCAGCAACAUUCUUUAUGUCCAAACCCCUGGGGUGUCCCUCAGCGUAUGACUCUUCCUCCUCUUCCUCCCAAUUUCAUUCAUAAAAUCAUUUCAGCAACGAAACUCGCCAACCUUUUCCACAGAAAACCACAGAAUUUUGACUUCUAUUAUUGUGUUAUUAUGUGAAUUUGUCUUACUGCUUGCUUAUGUGAUUUUGAAUUUAUUUUUACAAGAAAGGACAAAAUAUUUUAUUCAAUGUUUUUUUUUAGUAGUAUUCAAUAGUUAGGAUGGUGAGGCAGAGUUGUGUUUGUAGCUCAAUGAAUUUUGGGCAGUAAGUCAGACUGCCUUUGAUGUAGUUGGGCAGGUACUUUAACAUUUCUAAGGGGAAACAAAUACAUUUUUGUUCAUGUGGUGAAAUGAGUGUUUCCAGAGUUCGUUGUUUUACCUGUCAGACGUCACGCGUGUGAUUCCUCAGGCAGAAGCAGAGCUGAAUAUUCCAUUUUUCAGUUGGAACUCGUUUCACAAUGUGAUGCAAACAGAGGCGCCGCCCAGUUCCUGUGGCUUUACUAGAAAAGCAGAAGUGGAAACACGAACAGUUUAAUAGUUUUCGUAGUUUUUUCUUCACCUUCCUCGCAGCCAUGUUAUGCAAUGUGCAUCUAAGGAAGUAUUUUGAGGAAACACGGUGAACUCAGUUAUGAAACAUUUCAGAAACUUCGAAAUUUUUUAAUUGUACUCUUUCACCAGUGUCAGUGUCCACUCUCCAUUUUGCUGUCAUUCACAGCGAUUUCAGAUUUAGCCAUUUUUAGGGGCAAGGCUGAAUUGUGCAACGCCAAAUUUACAGUGGACACUAAGGCCCAAUCACAAGACAGUAAGGCCAAAAAUCUAAAAAGUUACAAGAGAGGAGCGUAUAUAUAAGUGCACAACUAUUCAUACCAAAACCAUACCAAGCCAUAAAACUGUUACCAUACCAAGCCAUAAAACUGUUACCAUACCAUGAAACUGUUACCAUACCAAGCCAUAAAACAGGUUCAAAUCAAGCCAUAAAACAAGCUUAUGGCAGGUUCAUUCAUUAUGUGGAUGAAUUUAAUAUUUCUAGACAUAUACAAAUACAUGCUAAUAUUUACUAAUAUUUAUCCUAAUCCUUAAAUGCAUGAAGUGCUUUUCACCUGCUUACCAGCAGGGGCAGUGUUAUGCACUGUUUUCUGGAACAGGUCGGUGAUGAAGUCAUCAACCUGACCUCACCUGUUCCCCUACCUGGAUACGAGUCACCCUGCAGCAGAGCAGAGUUAUUUCCUCAUACAUUCUUUUCUGUAAAAGCCUAAAUGUUUUUCAGCUGGGGGAAUUACUGCCAGCGUAUUGUUUUGGACUUAUAAGAAAUUACUCCAUGAAUACACACUUCCUCCAUUGUAUGUACAUGCAUUUGCACAGAUGAUGUAAAUGUAUAAUUUCUAGACACUCCCCAAUAAAAAUAAGGAAAAGCGGAAUGCAAAUGAGGAGCUGCAUCUGUAAUAUGUCCCUGGAUGUGAGAGAACCCUAUAAAAUGGGUACCUGUGGGGUUUGGAGAGCAAGUCUCAGGACUGGAAGAUUCACCUGCUGUCUGCUCUUCAGAAGAAAGCCUGUGAGUAGUCUCUGCGCUGUACACGCAACAGCUAGAUAUUAAAAUGUGCCAUUUUUCACUGUCUGUUGAAUACAGUACAUAAUUUUGGGCUGUUUCUGAGAGAUGUGCAUUCCGUAGUUUGUUUAAUCUGGAGUGAGAUGCGGAGGUAACUGGUGGGAUUAUAUUAAGAUGUGUUCAGAGUGGACGUGUGGGAUUAUAUUGAGACGUGUUCAGAGUGGACGUGUGGGAUUAUAUUGAGAUGUGUUCAGAGUGGACGUGUGGGAUUAUAUUGAGACGUGUUCAGAGUGGAUGUGUGGGAUUAUAUUAAGACGUGUUCAGAGUGGACGUGUGGGAUUAUAUUGAGACAUGUUCAGAGUGGACGUGUGGGAUUAUAUUGAGAUGUGUUCAGAGUGGAUGUGUGGGAUUAUAUUGAGACGUGUUCAGAGUGGACGUGUGGGAUUAUAUUGAGAUGUGUUCAGAGUGGACGUGUGGGAUUAUAUUGAGACGUGUUUAGAGUGGACGUGUGGGAUUAUAUUGAGAUGUGUUCAGAGUGGAUGUGUGGGAUUAUAUUGAGAUGUGUUCAGAGUGGACGUGUGGGAUUAUAUUGAGAUGUGUUCAGAGUGGACGUGUGGGAUUAUAUUGAGAUGUGUUCAGAGUGGACGUGUGGGAUUAUAUUGAGAUGUGUUCAGAGUGGACGUGUGCUGCUCUUCCUGGGAUAAUGGUGUUUGACCGGAGCGCCUCUCUGUCCAACAGGAGCAUGAACGCGUCCGUUUCUCUUCUCUGUCUCUGCUUCCUCGCCCUCCUCCCUGCUGAGGCUAAACCGUUCCAUCGAGUCCAGCUUCAGGGCUGCGCCGCCAACGUUCGCCUGCACGAGCUCAGCAAGCACCUGACUGCCAUACUGCAGCACAUUUCCGAUGGGGAUCCAGACAUUGCCAUCAUUACGAACAGAGUGCUGAACUCUGUCCAGCCUGUGGACAGGUGCUGCUUCCUGAAGGAGCUGAUGGAUUUCUACCUGCAUGCGGUGUUCUCCCGCUGGAAUGGCGUGCUUCCUCUGCUGGUCCAGAAACACGCCAGCCCCCUGGCCAACAGCUUCUUCACCAUCAGCCAAGACCUGCAGGCCUGUGGAUGUGAAUGCGGAGGGGACGCUCUUCUGAAAAUACAGAGCAUCCGGAGAACGUUUGAAAAGAUGGAGCAGGGCGCGGGGGUGGAGAAGGCCCUGUGUGACCUGGAGAUCCUUCUGUCCUGGAUGGAGCACCAGCUGUAGCUGGCCUGCAGGCCUCUGUUGUUUACUUUAGUAUCAGGCCUGUUAUUGGUCAGUUUAUUUAUGUGCUAUAUUUAUUUAUGCAUUGCAGAUAUUUAUUAAUAAGUAUUUCAUUUUAGCCCUCUGGAAAAAUGCUGUUUCUACUAGAUAUUUAUUUAGCAUUUUUCUGAAGUAGGCACAAUGUGCCACAGGACAGUUACAGCUGGGUACAGCUGCAGUCAUGCAGUCAUGCAGUCAUGGCCCUGAAGAUUCGCAUCUCACUGCCCUGCACUGGGUACAGCUGCAGUCAUGGCCCUGAAGAUUAGAAUCUCACUGCCCUGCACUGGGUACAGCUGCAGUCAUGGCCAUGAAGAUCAGUUUUAAGCGUGUUGUCACCAAUGCUGCUGUCUUACUGUUUAAGAAACACUAAUGAAUAAAAACCUUGAAUUGCA